AUGCCACAUACCGUGGUCCUGGCCCACAAACGAGCAGCACCCGCACCAGAAAGAUUCCAAACCAGAAUCGUAGUGGCGGAGGAUGCACACCCGUCCGGACGCCAGAUCGCGGCCGGAUCUCUGGCACAGACACGUCUAGACAGAAAAGUCCCUGAAACACCUGCCGCAAGCUCACGAGCUCAGUAUGGAUUUAUCCUCGAGAACAUAUCACAACAGAUGGCGAUGGCAAAGAGCCUUCACAUUUCACAGCAGCGGAACCCAUCGCACCACAAGUACGAUCUCGCCCACAGUCCGAUGACCCGAACAAAGGAGCUUCCGAUAGCCGAGCGAGAACGCAAUCCUCCGCUCGUAGCAUGCGGGGUGUUCGACUGGAGCUGCCCAUCAGUCACCCGACCCUCGAUCGACCUCCGACCCAUCAAGUUACAAGAACAUCAACGGGGCAGCUUCAUUGCCAGUCACUCUGCCUCGGAUGUACCAGCUUUCAGCCGCACUUGCAGUACUUUUCGAGCGAUGAAGGGAUGUCGGCGCGUGACGCCUACAUGGCGUCCACCGCCAGUGCCGAGAUUGAGUAGAAGCACGCGAUCUCGCCCAUGCCGCAUCGAGAGGAUGGGUGAUAUGGCAAAUGACAAGUUGACAGAGAGAAUGCGUCAUAUUUGGAACAGUCCAGAGCAGAAACGGAAGACAGAGAUCCAAACGCACAGACGCGGCGGCGCACAAGAUCUGUCAGGAUUGGAGAUCGUCGUGUUCGGCCGAGUCUUGAUCGAUGGCCCUCGCAGCUGUGCUGGGCAGGUGAAGAGCGUUGCGAAUCGUGAUUCUGGCCCAGAGGCUGCUCGACCGCCGCCACUGCCGCAUUGUUCGGUUCAGGAAGAAUUUUCCUCGGCUCGGCCCGUGCCAGCCGGCCGGACUCGUCCUCGACGGGCUCUCUCCAUCUUUAACGCAAUCCACCAAGUCCUUCGACGUCGAGUUGCGAAAUGGAUUGCCACCGCACCGAACUAUCUGAUAUAUUCGACGCGAAAACUGUAUACCUCUCCUAACCGAUAUCGGCUCGACUACAUGCGUCUCUAG